AGACAGGAACAACAACAGCAGCAGCAACAGCGUCCGAGCGUGCGGAGAGAGAGAGAGAAAGAAGGCGCAACAAUAUAAUCGUGGGCAUACUCUCUCUUGUAACACGAAUCACAAACGACUGCCGAUUGAGAGAGCGCUGCGCCGUCUAAUCUCGCACUCGUCCAACCCUCCCACGCUGCCGUUCCCUACAGCUGCUGAUCUGCCCAUCGGAGCGAGGGACGCCUUGGCAGCAGCCGACAGUGCUGUCGCUACCCCCGGCUUCGCACCCCGGAUCCACCAUGUCGUACCGGACCAAUUUCACCAUGGACGAUGAUGACGACUGGCAGGAAAUGCCGGUCGUUCGUGAGCGGUCCCCCGCCUCGUCGCCGUCGUCGUCGGAUACGGAGGGUGCGCCGAGCGGGUAUGGCCGACCAGGCGCGUCGAUUGCCAGUGCGAGCACCAGCUCAAUCGGUAGCCAGCAGAAGAGGGCACAGAAGAAGGUGGGGUUUGGGUCGACGGCAACAGCGACAAAGGCCUCGGCGUCGUCGCCGGCAAAGUCACUUCGGACCAACGCCGCCGCCAACGCCGCCAGCGCCACCACCGCCACUCAGCGUGGGCACAGGCGCAACUUGUCGAGCCAGACAAACGCGACGGGCCGGCAGCUCGACAUCGAUGAUGCGCGCGGCUUCAGCUGGCGGGCCAAGCCUGCUGGUCUGGGCGAGGGAGGGGGGAAGAGGAGGAUCGAUCGGCUCCCCGAAGACAAGGACGCCGAUGAGAACGAGGCUGCCCAGGGUGGGCGGCGGAGGAGGCUGAAGCCAGGCGACUCGAGUGGCUCCUCGAGCGAUGACGACAACGAUGACGAUGACGACGAGGGGGGCGCACGAGGCUACACGCAGCUGCGCCUCGACGACGAUGUUGAGGGCGAGGAGAUUGACGCAGCAACCGAGUAUCUCUUUGGGCAAGGCCAUACUGCAGAGGACAUUGCCUCGGGCGAGGCACCGGGAGCCACACCGCACUCGCAGCUCGACACGACAAAGAACCUGCUCAGCGAGGGGCAGAAGAUUGCCUAUGUGGGCCUUGUCAGCCUCGUGGCGAGAGACCUCAUCCGGCUGCUUCAGCGGGUGCCCGGCAAGGAGCUCAAGCCAGCCAUCGACUCGGCAGACGAAUGGCGACUCAGAGUCAUGGCCAGGCUGUUCCAGCACAUGGACAUUGAGAGUAGCGAACAAUCCAUGAUUCACUCGCUAGCUCAACACGGUGUCCUGCCGACUGACCUGGCCCCCAGCCUCGUCACCACCCAGACGGUGGACAAUCCCGACUUUGAUCCCGAGGCCGAGCGGGAGAGAGACGAAGAGCGAGAACAGCAGGAGCAGCUGGAUGCCGAACGCAAGGAGAAAGAGGGGCAGGAGAAAGAGACCACUGAAGAAGAGGGAGGAGAAGGGGAAUUGCAGGAGGGAGAAAGGGAAGAGGGCGAGAAGGCACCAGAAGGGCCAAGUCACAAUGAAGAGAAGACAGAGACGGAAGAGGGCGAUGGAGCAGAUACAGCAAAUGCGAGAACGGAGGCUAUGGAUGAGACUAGGGCGGAAGAACAACCACGAGAAGAGAGCGAAGGCGCUGCCACUGCGAAGCUCGAGGAGGAAGCAUCAGGAGAUCUGGGAGAUCCAUUCGCAGACGAACAUGCUGGUGGCGAUCUUGGCAGCAUCGGAGAUGCGGACGUCAAGCGUGAACCUGUCGAGACGGACGCAGGCCAGAGUCUGAGUGCGGACAUCCCCAACGAGGAAGGCAGCGGUGACCUUGGAACAGGUGCCUCGACGCCGACUCUUGCAGCAGAACCUGGCACACCCACGAUUCCAGACUCUAAGGAAGUAGAUCCUCAGGACAAGGAUGCCUUUUCAGCUGCAGCAGCAUCUGCAGGCAGCGACCGGACAGAAGAGAAGAGGUCGUCACGUAUCAUUGCAGAUCCCAACACCACUACGCGCGUCCUCGGCAGCGCCGCAGCGGACGACAUAGUCGACAAGACGACGCCGAUGGGUCUGACGAACCAGCCCCAGACGAUCGACACACUGCCGUCUGCCCUCGAGGGAGUCACAACAGAGUUGUCGUCUGCCGACCGCAAGAUCACACUGGACCUCAGAUGGACGGUGCUCUGCGACUUGUUCCUCGUCCUGACGGCCGACAGCGUCUACGACUCGCGAUCCCGCGUCCUUCUCGAGAAGGUCGCCGAGCACCUCGGUCUGGCAUGGAUGGACGUGACCAAGUUCGAAAAGAGGGUGACCGACGCUCUGGAGAUUGAAGAAGGCGUCGCGGGCUCGCUACGAGGGAAGAAAGCCGUCAAGAAGAGGGCUGAGGCAGCGAGGCGGAGGAGACUGGUCAUGAUGGGCCUUGCCACUGUAGGUGGCGGUCUCGUCAUUGGUCUCAGCGCUGGCUUAAUGGCGCCCUUCAUCGGCGCUGGCCUCGGUGCUGCGCUGGGUACCAUCGGCGUUGGCGGCACCACUGGCUUCCUCGGUGGCGUUGGUGGUGCGGCCAUCAUCACAACGACCGGCACUGUGGGUGGGGCGGCGCUAGGCGGUCGUGGCAUGUCUCGAAGGACAAGGAGCGUGAAGACGUUUGAAUUCAAGCCCAUCCACAACAACAAGCGAGUCAAUUGCAUUGUCACCGUGGGCGGCUUCAUGAGCGGGCCACAAGAUGACCCCCGACUGCCCUUCUCCGUCGUCGACAGCAUCAUGGGUGACGUCUUCUCCGUCUUGUGGGAGCCAGAGAUGAUGCAGGAGAUGGGCGACGCCAUCUAUCUACUCUGGAACGAGACAAUUGUCCAGGGUUUGCAGCAGGUGCUUGCCGCCACGAUUGCUGGAGGUCUGGUAGGUGCCCUGGCCUGGCCACUGUGGCUCACAAAGCUGGGUUACUUCAUCGACAAUCCCUGGUCAAAUGCCCUGGACCGUGCCCAUGCUUGCGGUCUCAUCCUCGCCGAUGUUCUCUCGCGCCGCCAGCUUGGGGUGCGUCCAAUCACUCUCGUAGGCUUCAGUCUGGGCGCCCGCGCCAUCUUCUACUGCCUCCUCGAGCUGGCCCAGAAGAAGAAAUUUGGCAUCGUACAGAACGUCUACCUCAUGGGCGCCCCCGUCACGGCCUCGGAUAAGACGUGGAAGGAGGCCAGAGCCGUAGUCGCUGGACGCUUCGUCAAUGCAUUCUCGAGGACAGACUGGAUCCUCGGCUACCUCUUCCGAGCGACGACUGGCGGGCUUCGCAGCAUCGCAGGCUUGCACCCGGUCGAGAGGGUGCCCGAGGUGGAAAACAUCGACGUGACGCAGACGGUGCCCGGUCACCUUCAAUACCGCGCAUUCAUGCCCCUCGUCCUGGAUGAGCUCGGGUUCCGCACGACGGCAGACUACUUUGACGAGCCAGAGGACCUGUCCAAGGUCCCUGAGAGGGAGAUCGUGUACGAGCAGGAGGAAUCAGAGGCUGUCAAGGAGAUGAAGGCUGUUAAAACGUCGUCGGGUGGCUUUGGGCAGAUUUUCAAGCGGAAGAAGACCGCCGACGGGCAAAAUAUGAGCAGUGGCAGCAGCAGCAACAAUAGCAGCACCGACCAUGGGGCAGGUCCUAGCAUUAAGUCACCCUCUUCUCCUGCACCUCCUUCGAAGCUCGCGACGCAAGUCUCCGGUGGAGACGGCGACGACGACGACGAUGAUGAUUUGCCACCCAGAGAAGAGCACUCCCCUUCAUACCCCGUUGAGAAGCCCAAGACGCCGACGCUGUCUCAGCCAGCGGUGCCCAACAAGCCAGCUUCCAACAUGCCCUCUCAGAGCGGCGUCUCGUCGGGCGAUGCCGACCUCGAUGCGAUUCUGGCCGAGCUGCGAGAGAGCGGCAUCGAGGUCAAGGAGCUGCAAUCAUCGCUGCCUCCCUUGCCCUUGGCCAAGCCAACGACGCCCUCGGGCACGCAGACACCAUCAAAGGAAGUCAGCGUAUCGACGGGAAAGCAAGCCAAGGAGCAGCAGGAGGCCUCCUCGAGCCUGGAGCCACCCUCGAUGGCAGCAACGAAAGCCAAUCUGCCGAGGAUGCAGAAUCACCAGCAGUCUCAAGCUCAGUCUCCGUCAUCACCAGCCCUUGACGGUCCUUCGACGGCAGGAGAAGACAAGCAGCCUUCUUCGCGGCCUCGGCUGCCCUAUGCAAAGAGCUUCGGAAGCACAGUAUUUGACGUCGACGAGCUGCCUCCCCCUCCGCCGUAUUCCUCGACGUCAUUUUCGGAUACGCAAGACGUCUCGCUCUCGUUUGGGUCGUCGUACGACGACGAUUACGAAGAUGAGCAGAAGACCUCAAAGGGCUCACCACCUCCGAGAGUCACCGUCAAUGAGGAAGAGGAGAAGGACAAGGGUGAGGCGGAACUGGAGAGAAUUGCGUCUGGCUCCGCCUACGGGCUCUCGGAAGAGACGGCGAGGGAAUUGGCGAGGCAGUUCCAGAGCAGCGGCAUGUCCACACAAGGAGCAAGGGCGGCCGCGAAAAUGGCGCAGACGCUCGGCCAGGGCAGCAGCGACUAUUCGCCGGCUGCUACUUCCGCUGCUUCCCCAGCCCUUGACCCGUGGUCAUCAGGGGGUGCUGGGGCGGGUGAUGGUGAAGAUGAAGAAGCAGCAGCUUCUGCAGUCGCUUCGUCUGGAUUUGCACCGCUGAGCGCGCCCGAGCGGAGCUUCUCAUUUGGAAGGCAGACGGACGACGAGGCCUUUUCGUCGGCGUCGGCCGAGUCACGAUACGGCGGCAAGGGCAGGGGCGGCUUGGACCUGCAGCCACAGCAGGAUCCUUGGGGUGCCGCACCGAACUCGGCCUACGGUUCCUCGUCGUCCUCAGCUGCGCAUACACCUGCGACGGGCGGGAUGGAAUCGAACCCGUGGGGAUGAGUUUGAUUGUCGCUGCCUGUAUUACCCUCAAUUGCUCUUGAUGCAUUCAAUGACAUACAC